AUGUUGCUUUUGGCAACCAAGGAGCGAAUUGACUUUCUGCCCCACUACGACACGCUUGUCAAAAGUGGCAUGUACGAGUACUAUGCCAGCGAGGGCCAAAAUCCUUUGCUGCCUCGUAGUUUAAAUAGUGAUAUCUCGUAUUUUGGAGUUGGAGGCAAGCAAGCAGUGUUCUUCGUGGGACAGUCUGCCAGAAUGAUAAGCAAACCUGCAGCAUCUCAGGAUGUUCAUGAACUUGUCCUUUCUAAAGAGGAUUUUGAAAAGAAGGAGAAAAACAAAGAAGCAAUAUAUACUGGAUUCAUUCGAAACAGAAAGCCAUCUGAUUCUACUCACAUCACAAGUGAUGAUGAAAGAUUUCUUCAUAAUCUAAUAUUAGAAGAAAGGGAUAAAGAGAGUUUCACAGCAGUUGUCAUUACAGGUGUACAACCAGAUCACAUGCAGUACUUGAAAAACUACUUUCAUCUUUGGACAAGGCAGCUGGCGCAUAUCUAUCACUAUUAUAUCCAUGGACCAAAAGGAAAUGAAGCUAAUGCUGUAACAAAAGAAACAAGCCCUUUCAACAACAUCGAUAUUCAGAUUUCAAUGUUUGAAAAGGGAAAAGUACCAAAGAUUGUCAAUCUGAGGGAGAUCAAAGAUGACAUGCAGACAUUGUAUAUAAACACUGCAGCAGAUAGUUUUGCGUUCAAGGCACAUGUUGAAGAAGAAGGUAUAGUUGAAGGCAUCAUCCGAUACCAUCCCUUCCUUUAUGAUAAAGAAACAUACCCUGAUGAUCCGUGUUUUCCAUCAAAUGCACUGAACCUUCGUAACCGACAGGUCCUCUGCACCACACUGAAAGUCAUCCAGCACCUGGUUGGUGGUGUCAGCUGA